GGAUAGGGAGCAGAGUGUGACAAUACAGUAUCGGAGUAUCCGGAAGUUACGUUAUGCAGAUUUAAAAACAGCCGCGAAAUGAGGGAAGUGGCCGCUGGUGUGAUCAGUUCUUUGGAUUUACGAAAGAAUUAAUAUGCAGUGAUGGAGAAGUCCAGGCUACCUGUUCCAAGACACCAGCCACAGAAGUCAUCAGACCCUUUGAUACCUUGUGCCAAGAAACCCUGUCCUCCAAAACCAGUUCUUCCACUUUACAGCAAGGACCCUAAUAUUGCUUUUUCAUCUACGAUUCCUGAUUUUACCAUGAAUAAAGAUGGCAUCAGUGGAAGAAAAAACUUUCAUUAUAAGAAAACUGUCCCGCUUGCUCGAGGGCAAGCAACCCGGAAUAAAAUGGAAUCUGAGCUACGGGAUCAAAAUCUUCUAUUGGAUGCAGCAAAUGGCACUUUAAACAGCAGGUUACUCAUUGCGCAGAGUCAAAUUCUAGAGAUGUCUAAAAACCAGGACACCACGCAGAAAGAGCUAAAGGAAUUAAAACAGCGUCUGGAGAAUAAUCUGCUUAUUUUGGAAAGUCGAAAUAUUGACCCAGUUUCAGGUGAACAAAUCCUAGCUGAUGCAGAAGAGACACGUAAUAUCAGGGAAAAGACCAAGACUGCCAGAGAGAAUCUUAUAAAGGAACUUGAGAGAUUUAGUUUGACGACCAAGGAACAGACGGAGCUUGUCAAGACUGUCAAGGCAAAGUGGGAGGAAGAUAAAGAGCGCAGGAAUCAGUUUCUAGAGGAACAGAAAGCUUUCCAAACUGAAAUGGAUGAAUUCAGAUCCGCCCUUCAGCAGGCUGAGCAGGAUCUUGACUUGUGAAAAGACUUGUCCAGCAUCUUUCCACUUUGUAUUCCACGACAUGGACAGCAUUGCAUUUUCAUUGGAAUGGAGAUGUAAGUUCCCAGGACAUGCACCUUUUUGAUUAUUUGAAGUCAACAUGACAGGCUGUUACUAAUGUUUUGAAUUCAGUGCUAUGACUAAUGGCUCCCUUUCCCCCAUAUAAAGGUUAAUAAAGCUUCAGUAUUUAUUAUAAAA